AUGAUGUUUGUUCCUAAUUCAAUACUUCCCUUGUUCAUAGUCGCACUCUUUGUGGCGGCUCAAGCCAUAGUACCGCCCAAUGCCACCUUCAAAUACAUAAACGAAGGCUCAUUCGGCGAAUACAUUGUCGAGUACUCGGCCGAUUAUCGUACCCUUAAUAUUGGAAAAUUUCCUUUCCUUCUUUGUUUCUACAAUACAACCCCCGAUGCCUUCAUAUUGGGCCUACGAAUGGGCAAUCGCCAUUCCGAGUCCCUCAUGAGAUGGGUUUGGGACGCUAAUCGGGCUAAGCCCGUACGCCAGAAUGCGUCCCUUACGCUUUCAAGUGACGGGAAUCUCGUUCUUGCUGACGUGGAUGGCACGCUGGCAUGGCAUACCGAUACGGCUAACAAAGGUGUUGUUGGGCUUGAUUUACUUCCGAAUGGGAAUUUGGUUCUGUUUAAUGCAAAAGGAGAAUUUGUAUGGCAAAGUUUUGAUCACCCAACAGAUACACUUUUAGUGGGCCAGUCCAUACGACCCACUACCGGCCCAAGUAAGCUAGUAAGCCGAUUGUCAGCCAAUGACCCUUCUGAUGGACCUUAUAGCUUUGGUACGGAAGGGAGAUUCAUAACCAUGGUCUAUCAAACUACAAAUGCAAAAAAUAAACCAUUAACCUAUUACAAGUUCGACGUGUUUGGGCCCGCCACAAAGGGCUCACUAGCCAUCCUGGAUUUCCAGUCUGAACCCGAGUGGGGAGAGUCCAACGCUCACGAGCUUCGGUUCGGAGUGAGCAUGGACAUUUUCCAGAGCUCAGGGACCCUGAUACUAUCAAGGCCUAAGUACAACACAACUUACUCGAUGCUGAGAGUUGACAUAGAUGGCAAUCUGAGGAUAUACACGUACGAUCCCAACGUAUCCUGGGGGGCAUGGGAGGUCACGUUUCAACUAUUCGAUAAGGAAGAGAGGUGGGGCAUAUCUACAAGCGAGUGUCAGUUGCCAAGACGAUGUGGGGCUCUUGGUGUGUGUGAAGAAAGCCAAUGCGUGGCUUGCCCAAGCCCGUCAGGCCUGUUGGGCUGGAACAAGGCUUGCAGCCCUCCCACGGCACCGUCGUGCAAAGGAGGUGCCAAGGUUGGGUACUACAAGGUGGUGGGCGUGGAGCAUUUCACGAGUGCGUACAAGGAUGGAGCUGGGCCAGUUAAGUUAGCCGAUUGUAGAGACAAGUGUAGUCGAGACUGCAAGUGUUUGGGAUUUUUCUACCGAGAAGAUUCAUCCAAAUGUUUGUUGGCUCCCAACUUGGGCACCUUGGUUCAAGUCUCCAAUUCAGCUCAUGUUGCCUACAUCAAGCAAGCCGAAUGA